CCCUGAUUUAAUUAAACCGAGAUCCGUUCUCUCGCUCCGAGCGCACAUCUCCUUUUCCCUUCUAGAUCUGCGCAUCUCCCUUCCCCUCUGCGCAUAUCGCCGGAUCUCUGUUCUUCUUCGUACGGCAUGGCAUUCUCUAGGUUGUCCUAGGUAAUUUCAUUCUCCUUCUUCUCCUUUUUCUCCUUCUUCUCCUUCUCAUCUUCUUCCCCUGAUUUCAUUCUUAGUCUGCCGAGCGGCUCUCCUCCUACAGUUUGGAAUUGGCAAAUGCUUGAUAAGAGUGAAGCGAGAAAGUGGAAUCCAUCCCACUUGUGCUAUUUUGAUUUUAUUUUUUUGCAUUUUUGUAUUUUGCAAUUUCUUCAAUUUUGUUUCUGAAUUUCUUUCUUAUUGAUUUGAUAGAUUCUGUAAAAUCCGAAGCUUAUUAUUGAUGUCUAGUUUGAUAUUUUAUAUUGAAUACUCGUUAAAUUUUUUUAAUUUGGAUUUGUUUAUUUCUAUUGAGUUUUGAGUUUUAAAGAGGAUUAUUAAUAUUUUAUUUAUCUGUAAAUACAGUGAACGAAAAAUAUCCUUUUUUGGCAUUACUUUUACUAAGAUGGACAUAUUGCUUUUACAAUGACAUGUGUGAGAAUGUGGAAGUGUUUUUUUGUCAAAUAGUGUCAUUUUCAUGACAUUAAUUUUGUCCAUUAUAAAAUGGAAAUAAAAGAUUCAAAAAAUGGCAAUAUUACUCUUAUCAUACCAUUAAAAAGGGUUUUUGCCAAAUAGUGCCAUUUUGCAAUGUAUAAUUUUGUCCAUUAAAUAUGGCAAUAAAACAUUAAAAUUGCACUAUUAAUGUAAAGAUGCCAUUUUUUUAAAAUGUAAAGAUGUCAUUAUUAUUGAUUUUUUAUAUUUUAUCAAGCUGCCAUUAAGCCAACAGACCCAUUAGGCAAGAGGUUGUGGCCCCAUAGUCGGAGUAAAUUAACAGAGGGAUUUGUCAUCGGAGGGGGGUGGACGGCUGCUGUUGAGACUGCUGUUGAGACGUCGCAGGGCGGUUGAGGCGACUGAGAUGCCGAAGGGUGGCGUCGGCGGUUGAGACGCUGGAGGGCGGCAGCUGAGAUGCCGAAGGGUGGGGCGGGGGUUGAGAUGCCGGAGCGUGGCGACAGCGGCUGAGAUGUCGGAGGGUGGCGGCGGCGGUUGAGAGGUCGGAGGGCAUCGGCAGCGGCUGAGACAUUGAAGGGCGACAGAGGCGCUGAAGGGGGCUGCUUGGUGGCUGUGGAGUGUUGACUGUGGUCGUACCUGCUAGGGUUUUUGAAACAAUUUUUAUUCCAUUUUUUCUUUAAGGCUAUUUUGGUCAAGCCACACACUUUUUACUCCUAUGAAACUUUAAACUCCCAUUUUCGAACUUUCUCAAUGUUUCGCUCCUAUUCACAGAAUUAUCUCAAAAAUUAACCAUUAGGAUGGUGCCGUUUGUAUGAUGCACCAAAACCUUUCACAAAAAUUAACCUUUCAUAAUUAUAAUCAAUAUACCAAAUAACAAAGAGAAUCUUAAAUAUUAUAAUGAAUGUUUGUUUAAAAGAUGACACAUGGCACAACUUUCCAUGAUCGUAUAUAUCUUUGAAAUGUGUUAUUUAUAGAAUUAUAGAUAGAGAAUCGGCCGGAGGGACUGGGAUGAGCGAGAGGCUCUGGGUCAUUUCUUCCCUACGGCGUCCAAACAUAUGCGAUGGGCGACGAGAACAUCCAGGGAGACAUCGGAGUGGUUUCUGGGAGCGCGAUUUUGGAGGACAAACAGGGCGAAUUUGCAUCAAACGCGAUGGAGUUCAGCGAGGGGCGAGGGGCGACAGGCUCCGUUCUAGCAGACGAGCGACGGGCUUUGACUGGCAGUCUCUGGCGAUGGACGAACGAUGGCGACGGGAUCCAGCCCAGCAGGUGAGGGAUGAAGGUGGGAGGUGGGAUUGGAGAAGAAAUCGGCAUCGACGAGCGUUGGAAACAGUGGCGGAACUAGGGGGAGCGAGCCGGUGCUGCCGCCCUCCGUUCGCCGGAGGUUUUAGUGUAUAUAUAUGUAUAUAUACAUGCUCAGCCCCGUCUCAAUAAUAAUAUGUACAAACGGACUCGUAUCUAACUCAAUAGUUGGAGUAGCACAGAUGGCUGAGGAGUUUUAAAGCUGCAGGGAGACCCGGGUUCGAUCCUUGUUCAGUCUCUUUUUUAAUUACUUACUCCAUUACACUUCUUCCUCUACUUAUCUCUUAACCUUUUGGAAUGUUAUUAGUUUUAAUAUUUUUCCUACCACAUUUCUUUUACUUUUAUGUUGCAUUUUUAUUUUUCAAAUUCAAAAUAUUUACUCCGUAUUUUGUACUUUUUCGAAUAUUAACAUGUUAUUUACAUUUUUGUUUAGUACAAGAACAACAAAAAAUGACUUUUAGCUAUUGCUUCCCUCUUCAAACAUUGACCUAUAUCAUUUUUAAAAAAGUUUAUCAAUAAACUUUUCAAAACUACUUGAAUUUUAUAUUUAUUCCUUGGGUUGGUACAAAUAUGCCAAAAUUUCUUGUUGAUAUUUGAAAUAUCUGACUUUAUAUGAGUAUAAUUAGAUUCAUGUAAUACUUUUGCAAAAAAUAAAAUAUCCUUUUAAAAAAUAAAUAACCUACUUGUAACGCUAUUUGAAAAGAGAAAAAAAUUAUUAUUUUUUUGAUAAGUUAGUAACUUAUAUAUAUACUCCGUAUGUUAUUAAUUUAUCUUCCUCUACAUGUUUAGCUAUAUUUCUAUUUAAACCUUUUUAUUCUAAAAUAAAAGGGAAAGCGUAUUAAAUCGAAAUAAACUCAUUUAAUAAAUGUAGUCUAUUAUUUUGUUUAGGCACUAACAAAUCAGUUAUACAAAUGAAUAAAUGUCGACAUUUAAGUUGAUGUGUAUAUGUAUGUGUGCGCUUGUGUGUGAAUUAUAUAUAGUUACAAAUAAAGUGUCACUUCAUGCAAAUAGAAAUAAUAUUAUAUAGUAAUUUGAGAUCAAAUUAAAUUACCAUAAAUAUACCCUAAAACGAUACAGAUUAUGAAUCUUCCCAACUAGUGGUUCAAAAUUUUUUUAGCCCCUGCUCAAAUUUUGUUCUGGUUCCGCCACUGGUUGGAAAUGAGGUAUCACACCACAGGGGACUCCUUUUCGCAGACCUGCUUGGGGGUGUGGGCUUUCACAAAACCAAAGUCACAAGGGACCCUUUCAGAUCCGAGUCAGACAUGAAAGAAGGCUAUCUGCGUUUUCCAGAAGAGUUGUGCCAGACCCCCAACUCACCUGUUAUGGUUGUUAGUGAAACGCUUACCAUGAUUACUCGAGCUAGGCUACUAUAUGUAAAUCAGUAAACGGCAUGCAAAAUACUUUAAAUUGCCCUUUAAUUUUGUAUAUAUAACAUGUUUAUUCUUGUACGUAUUAGCCUUUUUUUCGUGCAGCGGCAUGUGCCACACUUGCCGAUUGCGGUCUGAAGAAUUCAAUGGCAACAACCAUGAAGCUUCCUCCAUGUGCAAGCAACAACCAUGAAGCUUCAUCCAUGUGCAAGAAUGACAAAGGGAGCUUCCUCAAAGUUUCCUCAUGUUUAAUCCCACCUUCCUCCCACCUUCAUAGUACCUAGUUUUGGUGCUAUAAAUAGAGAGCUUGGAGAGUCUUUCUAUCAUCAAGUAAAUUAGAAUAGAUCAUCAUAGCACAACCAAGAAGAGUUGUGAAUAUCCUUGAGAGAUAUGUGAGGUGUUGUUUUGAGAGUUUUUAAUUAGAGCUUGUAUGUCUCUUCUUUCUAUUCUUGAAAGUAAUAGAAGUGUUUUUCUCUCAUAUUAGCACGAUCCUGUUAUUCCCAACAAGUGGUAUCAGAGCCUGGCUGAGCUUUUGGUAUUUUUUUCCCCAGAAUUUUCGGAUAAAAUUCUACUGUCUGAAAAUUCGUGUUUUUUGGUUUUGCUCGGAAAUACAAUCUGAAUACACGGUUAGAUUCGUCUCGUCGAGACGAGAAAACUGGUAUUUUUUGGUAAUUUUUAGGCCACCGGAAGCCACCACACGCGCCGCCUACGCGCCGGUGGUGAGGAGCUCGGUGACGUCAUCCCUGACGUCAUUCUGCACGCAGGCCAGAGGUUGAAGACAGCUGACGUCAUCGCUGACGUCAUCAGCCAGUCAGAGCUGUGUCAGCGACACAUCAGCGCCACGAGUGCACAUCCGCCACAUCAUCAGCUCACUGCCAUCUUCCACCAGCGCCCAGUCAGCUGCCACGUCAACGCCCAAUUAGAGCCACGUCAUCUUCCACGUCAUCUGCCACGUCACCGGUCACUUUUUAAAUUUUGAAAAAUUGCAGUUAGGUCCCUCAAUUUUUGGAAAAUUAUAAUUUCCACCUAUAAUUUUUCGAAAAUUGUAUUUUGACCCCGAAAGUGUCUACCCACCAUUUUUGGCCGCUCCGGACGCAACGGUGCUGCCCGUUUUUCAAAAUUCUGCUCCGAUUUUUCUCAAACAGAAUAUUAAAAUUAUUUAGAAGGUGAAAAUGACCUUUGACGAGUCAACUUCAUCUUCCGGAGCUAUGAUUAUGCUCACGGCUACCAACUACACGCUAUGGAAACCUCGGAUGGAAGAUUUCCUUAGCUGUAAAGACCUUUUUGAUCCAAUAGAGAUGAAAGGUAUUAAUCCUGACCCACCCAAAUCAAUAGAGUGGAAGAAAAUAAAUAGAAAAACUAUUGGUCAAAUCCGUCAAUGGAUUGAUCAUAGUGUCUUCCACCACGUUGCACAAGAAACCGACGCUUAUGCCCUUUGGAAGAAGCUAGAAGAUAUGUACCAGGCCAAGACCGCCAGGAAUAAGGCCCUACUGAUGAGGCGUCUUGUCAAUAUGAAGCUCAAAAGUGGAACUUCUGUUGCCGAACAUACUGGUCAGUUUCAGAGUCUGGUAAAUCAACUAUCUUGUGUAGAAAUGCCACUUGGAGAUGAAAUGCAAUCUCUACUACUUCUUCGUUCCCUUCCUGAUAGUUGGGAGACACUAGUUGUUACUCUCAACAACUCAGCCCCAGAUGGAAAACUUACCAUGUCUGUGGUCAAGGAUGCAUUGUUCAAUGAGGAGGCAAGGAGGAAAGACAUGAGCACAUAUCAGACUCAUGCUCUUGUGAUGGAGAAUCGAGGAAGAUCACAAGGAAAGCAACAAAGAAACAGUAGAGGAAAGUGGCAAAGCAGAGGCAAAAGUCGAGGGAGAUCAUCAGAUGGCCGGAAACCUUCUUAUACCUGCCACCAUUGCGGUAUAGAGGGUCACAUGAAGAAGAAUUGCUACAAAUUGCUAGAGGAGCGAGGCAAGAGCAAUUCUCAAGCGAAGAACAAGGGUGGUGAAGCGCUCAUCACAAUCUCAGGUGAUGUGGCGUAUUGUACUAGCAAUGAUGAAACAUGCCUGCACGUCUCAAGAGAGGACACUGAAUGGGUGGUAGAUACUGCAGCAUCCUACCAUGUUACUCCCCACAGGUACUACUUCACAACUUACAAAGCUGGAGACUUUGGAGCAGUAAAGAUGGGCAAUUCCAGUUCCUCUGGAAUAGCUGGAAUUGGUGAUAUACAAAUAAAGACGAGUACUGGGAGCACAAUCACUUUGAAGGAUGUCAGACAUGUUCCAGACCUUCGGCUCAAUCUCCUAUCUGUGGUAUGUCUUGACGAACAGGGGUAUGACAACCACUUUAACAGGGGCACCUGGAAAAUGUCAAAGGGUGUUUUGACAAUCGCUCGAGGACAUGUUUGUGGCACAUUGUACAAAACCCAUUUGAGGAUUUGUAUGGAUAGCCUCAACAUUGCAGAGGAGACUUCUCAGAAUCUGUGGCACCUAAGGCUCAGCCACAUCGGUGAGAAAGGGUUGACUACCUUGAUGAAGAAGAACCUUAUCAACAUUGACAAGAAUUCUGCACCGGGUCCUUGCAGUCAUUGUCUAUUUGGUAAGCAACAUAGAGUAUCAUUUAGUUCUACUUCAACUAAAAGAACGGAGUUGUUAAGUUUGGUACACUCCGAUGUCUGUGGUCCUUUCGAGGUAGAAUCAAUCGGUGGAAGCAGAUAUUUUCUGACUUUUAUCGAUGAUGCUUCUCGGAAAGUGUGGGUGUAUUUCCUGACGACGAAGGAUCGGGUCUUUGAGAGCUUCAAGACAUUUCACGUCUUGGUGGAACGUGAAACAGGAAAGAAGUUGAAAUGUCUCCGAUCUGAUAAUGGAGGCGAAUAUACAUCCAAGGCGUUCGAUGCAUAUUGCAGAGAAUAUGGCAUUCGACAUGAGAAGUCAGUACCACGCACCCCUCAGCACAACGGUGUUGCUGAAAGAAUGAACCGGACUAUCAUGGAGCGUGUCCGGAGCAUGCUAAAUGUGGCUAAACUUCCAAAGUCAUUUUGGGGAGAAGCAGUCAACACCGCAUGCUAUCUUAUCAACUGAUCACCUUCAGUACCACUGAACUUUGAAGUUCCAGAGAGGCUAUGGACAGGUAAGGAUCCUACAUACUCACAUCUUAGAGUUUUUGGUUGUUCAUCAUAUGCACAUGUAUCCAAAGAGCUCAGACAGAAGCUCGAUGCAAGAACUAUCCCAUGCAUUUUCGUUGGCUAUGGAAAUGAAGAGUUUGGAUACAGGUUAUGGGAUCCUAAGGAGAAAAGGGUGUUUAGAAGCAGGGACGUUGUGUUCCAUGAAGAUUUGACAAUAGAAGACAUUGAAAAAACCACAAUGUCUCGGAAGUCAAAUGAGGGUGUUCAAGUUUCAAAUGAAGCACCUGAAUUGUUCUUGAGAAACAAUGACGAAGUGCAUGAAAACAACUCAGAAGCAGAAGAGGAUGAGGAGACAGAAGAGAGUACAGAGCAAGGGGAGUCACAACCCACCUCGCCAGGCACAGAUGAUGGUAGCUCUUCUGAGAUGGUUCCAACUGUUCGUAGAUCUGAACGAGGCCAUAUACCAUCGAAAAGGUACACAUCAUCUGAAUAUCUUUUGUUAACUGAAGAUGGAGAACCGGAGAGUUUUCAAGAAGCUGUGUCUCAUAAGGAUAAAGAAAAAUGGCUAAUAGCAAUGCAGGAUGAGUUGGAAUCUCUGCAGAAAAAUCAAACUUAUGAGAUUGUAGAACUUCCUAAAGGGAAGAAGGCACUGAGGAACAAGUGGGUGUUCAAGCUGAAGAAGGAUGCAAGCGGACAAGUGGUGAAACACAAAGCUCGGUUGGUUGUCAAAGGAUUCCAACAGAAGAAGGGAAUUGACUUUGAUGAGAUCUUUGCACCAGUUGUCAAGAUGACCUC